CCGCUGGCACCGCUUUCGCUAGAGCUGAUUGAUAAUGUCUUUUCCUGGGAGGCUCCAGUAAGCGACGGCGGCUCUCCCAUCCUCAGCUACAAGAUCCAGAUGAGUUCAACGGUUUCAGGCGAGAUGGUCUACGAAGCCGGGCCCAUGGAGAAUUCCAUCGCGGUCCGUACCAUUGUGCCAUGCGAAAGCCCCGUCAUUCAGAUUGUGGCAAUCAACGCGCAGGGACAAACAAAAUUUCCUGCUAGAUUAUGGGCGAACAGUGAAGACUCUCAUUCAUGUUUUUGGUGGCGCCAGGUCUCGAUCGCUGGCUCAUUUGUCAUAAAUCACUUUCCUCUCUCCAAAACUAACAGCCUCUCGGGGCGCAGCUCCAUUUUCCUGACACAUGCCAGCCCUGACCUCUCCAUCUUGCACUUUUCUCUGUCCAGCUCAAAUCACUGGGCUUCAACGAGGCGUCCCAUACACCGUCACUCUGACUCCACUCUUCGCAAGCAACAUAUUCGCCAUUGGCACUUCUGUACUUGUGACCCUUCCGCCAUCCAAUCCUACGCCACCGCUGAACGUUCGACUCAACAACGUCUCUACGACCUGGUUCACUUUGGCCUGGGAUCCGCCCACUACCAUAAACGGUGA